AUGUUUCUCUUCAUUGCCGCCCUCUUGGUGGGGGCCCUGUUCUGGUACAUUUCGAACAGGGAGAGGGCUCUGAGCGCACCGUGGACCCCGACCGCAGACGCCCGCAUCUUCAGCCAGCUACCUCUACAACCCCCCGUCGAAUCCUCUUUCCUGUCGUCGGGAGAGUACGAACUGCCGCUCCGGACUAAGGGCCGUGAUAUUGUGGACAAGAACGGCCGCCGCUUCAAGCUGUCGGCUGUCAAUUGGUACGGCGCGAGCGACGAGCUCUUCAUCCCCGGCGGUCUCGACGUGCAGCACCGCGACCGCAUCGCCCUCACCAUCCGCCACCUCGGCUUUAACAGCGUUCGCCUACCCUACGCCGACGAGAUGGUUAUCUCAAACCCACACAUCCUCCCCCACCUAUUGGCGGCGAACAAGGACCUAGUGGGCCUACCGGCCCUGAAAAUAUUCGAGGCCGUUGUCAAGUCGCUGACGGAUGCUGGCCUCGCCGUCAUCAUCAACAACCACAUCACACACGCCACGUGGUGCUGCGGCGCCGACCCCUGCGAUGCCGGCUGGGCUAACGACCACCUUGGCCCGAUAUGCCGCAUCCGCCAGACCGAGGACGAGUGGAUUGACCACUGGCGUCAGAUUAUGGCGCCCUUUGUCGACAAUCCUCUGGUAAUUGGCGCCGACCUUCGCAACGAAGUGCGCGGGCUUUGGGGGACCAUGUCGUGGGACCGAUGGGCUACAGCAGCCGAGAGGGCGGGCAACGCACUCCUUGAGAUGAACUCGGACUGGCUCAUGAUUGUGGGCGGCACCGAGUCGGGCAACGACCUGUCCGGUGCCUUGCAGCGGCCGGUGAAGCUCGACGUGAACCACCGUGUCGUCUACUCGGCGCAUGUCUAUGCCUGGAGCGGUUGGGGCAGCUUGGGAGGGCGCUACGCCCAGCGCAGCUACCCGUCGUUUGUCAAGUCGAUGCGCCAGAACUGGGCCUACCUUAUCGAGGGUAACCUGGCGCCCGUAUGGGUCGGCGAGUUCGGCGCACCCCACAAGCCGUCAAAAGGCGACGCGAACUACUGGAACAAUCUCAUGCGCUACCUCAAGUCGAUCGAUGCCGACUUUGCCUACUGGGCUCUCAACCCACGCAAGCCCAAGGAGAACGAGAAGGAGUCAUACUGCCUUGUCGAGGACGACUGGAUCACCCCCGUACUCGACUACCGCAUGAAAGACAUGACGGAUCUCAUGAGGGGGGGUUGA